CAGACCAGGCUUUGCAUGAACCAGUUUAGAGGAAAACCUUCUGAGCCGUGGGGGAGCUCUGACCCUGCAGCAGAGCGUCCUGCCUCUCCCUGUCAGACUGAGCCCCCUCCCUGGUUUAUUUUGAGGAGGUCUUAUCACAGCUGUUGGGUCUGUGGUGGCAGGUCGUCCGAGCCCCUCGACACGCUGCCUAUUCCCCUCCGGCCUUUGGUCCUGAGAAACAUCUUCAGUCUUUUUCUCCACUUCUCCUUCAAGUCCACCAAGAGCCAGCUGUCGUCCUUGUUUCGGUACCAGCUUGUCGUAAUGGAGGCUUGUCAGGAGAGCUGCUCCGCCCCCGUGGGUCCCAAUGCCACGCCGGCCCAGGAUCACCACAUUGACCUGACAGAGGACCUCGGCCAACAGCUGGAGGACAUCAUUAGCACCUACCAGGCAGCCCAGAUUCCAGCUGAGCCAGAGGAUGCAGAGGAGGUCACCGCCGCCAAAGAGGCAGACGGCCGCAAGGACCAGAAACUGGAGAAGAAAAUGCUGAAAAAUCUAGGGAAGGAAGCCAUGCUGCUCAUGCAGAGUCUGAACAAACUGGAUUCUCCUGAACAGAAGCUGGAGGCCAUCAUAAAGAAGCACGCUGAGCUGCUGGAGGAGCACCGCAGUGACCAGAAGCAGCUGAAGCUUCUGCAGAAGAAACUUCUCCAGGUGCUGAAGGAGAAGGACCAGCUGCAGGGCGAGCACAGCCGGGCCGUGCUGGCUCGCAGCAAACUGGAAGGGCUCUGCAGGGAGCUGCAGAGACACAACAAGACUCUGAAGGAGGAGACCCUGCAGAGGUGCCGAGAAGACGACCUGAAGAGGAAGGAGAUCACCACGCAUUUCCAGGGAACGCUCAGCGACAUCCAGGCCCAAAUCGAGGAGCACAGCAGCCGCAACACCAAGCUGUGUCAGGAGAACGGCGCUUUGGCGGAGAAGCUGAAGGGACUCAUUUCACAGUACGACCAGCGGGAGGCGAACCUGGAAAAGGUCUUCAAGCACAGAGACCUGAAGGAGAAGCUCCUGGAAACCAAACUGUCACAAGCGAACCUGUUCCUGAAAGAAGCCGAUGAGAAGCACAAGCUGGAGAAGCAUAUGCUGCUCAAACAGGCAGAAGAAUACAAGCUGCAGCUGAAGGCUUUGAAAGCUCAAGAGAGCGAAAUGAGGAACCAGCUCGACAUGUACUCCAGGAAGUUUGACGAGUUCCAGGGCACGGUGUCCAAGAGCACCAGCGUCUACAGCGGCUUCAAACAAGACAUGGACAGAAUGGCAAAGAAAAUGAAGAAGCUGGAGAAAGAAUGCCAGUCGUGGAAAAGUCGCUUCGAUGGUUGCAACAAAAGCCUGGUUGACAUGGUGGCAGAUAAAGCGAUUAAGGAAAAGGAGUUUGAACUUCUCACCAUCAAGAAUCAGAAGCUGGAGAACCUCUGCCGGGCUUUGCAGGGGGAAAGGAAGAGCCUCUUUGAGAAGGUCCAGGGAGGACAAGGAGACACGACUGCCACCGAGCAGGAGGACGGCCCAAAAGUGGAGCCCCCAGUCCAGGAGGCCGCCACCCCUCCCUGUCCCAAAGCAUCGGCGCUCACGACUGCGCUGACAGAGAAACUGGAUCAACUGAAGGCGGAACAGAGCCUCCUGAAGGAGAUCGCCUGCUCCUUCCAGAUUUCCCAUGUUGCCUCUCCUGAGGAAGGCGCUGGCCAAUCACAGGAACUCUCUGUGGGUAACCAGGACCCGGAGGAGGGCCUCCCGGAAGAGGGCCUACCGGAAGAGGGCCUACCGGAGGAGGGCCUCCCGGAAAGUCCAGACCUCCAGGAGGACAAACACCAGGAACAGAAAGAUCUGGAGUCAGUGGAUUAAUGAGAAAUCCCCAGUCAGAAGAAACCGGGUGAAUGUGACCCUUCACAGAAAUAAAAAAUGCAACUAAA